AUGCCCGCCGAGGACGUGGCCGAGGUCGUGGCCGUGGCCGUGGCCGUGGCCGACGUGCAGGCCCUGUUCGUUUUCGCGGGCAUCAGCCGCAGCAGCAACAACCACAGCAGCAAGCUCAAGCUCCAGCUCCAGCUCCAGCUCAAACUCAAGCUCAAGCUCAAGCUCAAGCUCCUCAAGCUCAAGCUCAAGUAUAAGAAGAAGCAGAACAAGGACAAGAACAAGGACAAGAAGCUGGAGAAGGAGAACAGAGAGUCACCACACGCGAUAAGCACCUGGGAAAACAGUGUGUCCGGAGCCAUGUGCAGACCAUCAAGCGACAUGGUAGAACAACUGGACAUGGUGUGGGCUACUACUUGUAGUCUGAUGGACUCUGGGGUAGCAUGGCGACCAUCCGUCUUAAUAUCAUCAUGGGUUCACAUUAUGAUUAGCAAUUGGACAUGGCAAUGCAAUUCAUCAAACCGUUAUUUUACGAACAGAUUUGAUGAGGGCGCUGUCGAGAGUGGAAAACGGAGGGAACUCAUGAUAUCUGUUGUCAAUUUGGCUCUUGACCAGCCCAAAAAGCUUGAGCUCUUGGAGAUGGACCGAAAGGCCGUCUCAACAUGGUCCAUAAUGGAUUGGUAG